CCUUUUCAACAAAAAGUAAAGGUCCAAAAUUCUUUCAACCCCACCCUCACUGUUACUCUCUUCUGUUAUCUUUUGUUUAUCCCCUCUCCAUAAAUACCAUGCACCUUCCAACAUUCAUAUUCCCUCUACCACUCCCUCCUAAUCCUCUCCUUCACUCUUUUUCUUCUCAGAAAAAGAGUGAUAAUAAUAUAUACAUACUAUACCAUAGUAGUAUUUUAUAAUAAUAAUAUAAUAUAGUACAAUAUCACAUAUUCUAUUUCAAUUGUUUUCUUGAUUCUCACUCAAUUCUAAUUUUACAACCCAAAAUGGGUCUAUUCUUAUGUAACAAACACUAUCCUCAACCCUUCUUAUGUUUCUUAAUCUUCCUCAUUUUCAACGUGGUUUCAGUUUCAGGAGCAACAUUUACAUUUACGAACAAGUGUGAUUACACAGUAUGGCCAGGAAUUUAUGGAAAACCGGAACUUGGAACAACCGGUUUCGAAUUAACAAAAGCAAUUACCAGAACGUUCCAAGCACCAACUGGUUGGUCCGGUAGAUUCUGGGGACGAACCGGUUGUCAAUUUGAUUCCACCGGUCACGGAACAUGCUCAACCGCCGAUUGUGGCUCCGGAGAAAUCUCCUGCAACGGCGCAACAGCUUCACCACCGGCAACACUCGCCGAAUUCACACUCGGAACCGGUUCAAUGGACUUCUACGAUGUUAGCCUCGUCGAUGGUUACAAUCUUCCGAUGAUGGUGACUACCAGCGGUGGUACAGGUUCGUGUGAGGUCACUGGCUGUAGCUCCGAUCUUAAUCUUAAGUGUCCGUCGGAAUUGAAGGUUGAAGGUGGUGGCGCGUGUAAUAGUGCUUGUGGCGCGUUUGGUAAACCGGAAUAUUGUUGUAAUGGCGCGUUUAGUAAUCCUGACACGUGUCAUCCUUCUGUGUAUUCUCAAAUGUUUAAAACUUCAUGUCCUAAAGCUUAUAGCUAUGCUUAUGAUGAUGCAAGUAGCACUUUUACUUGUUCUGGUGCUGAUUAUUCAAUCACAUUUUGUCCCACUUCUUCAUCAAGUCUGAAGUCUGCAGCAGAUCCAUCUACUAAUAAUACGAAGGGAACGGGUUUGGGUUCGGGUUCAAGGGGUGGCUCGGAGCAAUCGGAGCUGCCUAACGAUGCGUGGAUGGCUUAUAUGGCUACGGCUUCUGGGGGUUCUACUAUGGUUUCUUUGUUGGUGGUGGUGGUUGGUUUCAUGUUUAGUAUUUGUGGUUGUUUUGUGUUUCCUUCAUAGUGAUGUUUUGGUUGUAAUUUGUAUUCUUAUCUAAUUUUUAGAGAGAAUAGAAAUAGAAAUAUACGUACGGUUGGUAAAAUUACUAAAUUAGUACCGUAGUGUUUUAAAGAUUAUUCUAAUUGUUAGAGUAGUGUUUAAAGAAUAAGCAAUUCAAUUCAAUGAUUAAUUUGUUGCAUA